UCAAGACAUGAGCUAAAUUAUAAACUAACCAACCAUGUCUCGAAUGGAUCCAAAUGAUGUCCGUAGUACCGCCCAGCUCAUCCUGUCCAAUGCUCGGCAGGGAAACAGCGCCUACAACAUGCAGUACGAUAUGUCCCGAUCACAUUCCAUCAACCUGAUUACGGAGGAGUUCCUAGCCGGCUACAUGUCCGAUGGCAGGAUGUCCGUGGUGCGGCGAUUCUUCUGCCUCUUCGUCACUUUCGACUUGGUCUUCGUUUCCCUUCUGUGGCUCAUUUGCAUUGUGAUCAACGGCGACAAUAUAUUCACUGCCUUCCACAAACAGAUCGUGGAGUACACCAUCUACAAGUCGCUCUUCGAUGUGGUGGCCAUUGCCAUCUGCCGAUUCGUGGUGCUCAUCUUCUUCUACGCCAUAUUGUACAUCAAUCACUGGUCCAUCAUAGCGCUCUCUACAAGUGGGUCUUGUUUGUUCCUGAUUUCCAAGGUGUUUGUGUUCGAUUGGCUGGACUCCAAGCAACAAGUAUUCGAAGUCAUCCUUAUAAUAACCUCGUUCAUACUCGCUUGGGGAGAAGCCUGGUUCCUGGAUUGCAGGGUGAUUCCCCAAGAACGUCAUGCGCAACACUAUUUCCGAACGAUGACCUCCAAUGAUCGCACCCCCAUGGAUCAGCCGGCGAUUUUGAUAGAGCACGAAAGGCCUCCGCAAAGUGUUACUGAUUUCUACUCACCCCUGGACACAGCUCACCACUCCGAUGAGGAGGAGGAGGAGGAUGAGGAGUACAACCAAAUGGGCUUGGAUUGCCUGCGAAAGGCCUAUGAGAUCAUCGAGUCCAGCGAUUGGAAGGUGGAGAAGGUCAACCAAAAGGGCGACACCAUACACAGCACUCAGCGGGAAAAGAUUGGAAAGAUUUACAAGUUGACGGCUCGUAUAAAGUAUCCUGCAAAGGCGCUGAUGGAAGAUCUAUUCUAUCGCAUUGAAGACUGUCCCAAGUGGAAUCCCGCUCUUCUAGAAUCAAAAAUAGUGCGAAAAAUCAACUCCUACACCGAUAUUACCUACCAGGUAUCUGUUGGCGGCGGAGGAGGCAUGGUGAAAAGCCGAGACUUCGUGAACCUGCGCUCCUGCCGUCUCUUCUACAACGGCAAGAUUUGCGACGACGACGAGGCGGCUCAGCUGAGCAGUGAUGAUGGCGGCAGCAGCCUGAAUCGCUCCUGCGAGGGCAGUGUUAGCACCAUUUCGGACGGGGACUCGCACACCCCACUGCUGCCCAGCAGCGUGUCCAGCUGCAAGGCCACGUUUCCCAGUUCAACCAAGGCAGCAGCAGCCCCGACUCCCUUCGAUACGCUGGGCAACAGCUUGGGCGCCAAGAGCUUGGGUCCCAUUGUGAACUUUGAGGAGGAGCCGUCGCCACUGGAGCAGGACGAGUUCGAGGACGCCAAGGACAAGCUGGAUGGCGAAGCAGAUACCAUGACAAAACCAAAUCCACCCAGCGUGGGCAAGACCAAGGACAAGGUGUGGGUUACCUCGGCGAUAAGUGUGCAAUAUGCUGGCGUUCCACCCUCGUCCAAGUACACAAGGGGUCAGAACAUCGUCAGCGGGUUUGCCUUUCGCGAAAUCGUUGGCAAGUCGGACAGCUGCAUCGUGGAAUGGGUGCUCUGCCUGGACCUAAAGGGCUACAUACCUCGCUAUGUCCUGGAUGCAGCCCUCACCUCCUCCAUGACGGAAUACAUAACCAAUCUGCGCAAGCAUGUCAACGAACUGAGGCAUCGGGGACGUGGCCGAGUGCCCAGGACCCACUAGAAGCGAUCAUCAAACUGUAUUUUAUCAUUAAUCCCAUUGUAUCUCAAGUGCAAGGGCUGCCGAAUCGCAGCCAGGUAUCUACUAGAAUAUUUUCAAGAAGAUUUCAAGAGUUUUCGAAGCAGUGCUGUAAGUUUAUUGAGUAUUGUAUAUGUAUACGUAUGGCAUAAGAUCUAUGUAUCUAUAUGCACGGCUUACACUAUAAAUUUUAUACAUGA